AUGGUCCAAUUCCACGAACAUAUAAUAACAGACCUCUUAGAGGACCCCACCGGCGGCCUUGUAAUCCUUUUCUCCGGCCUAUCCCUUGCAAAACUCCUCUCCUCCCUCCUUUCCCUCCACUCACCUUCUCAAGGCACUCUUUUAAUCCUCUCACCUCCUCCCACCCUCAAAUCCCUAAUUUUCCACCACCACCACAUAAGCCAAAACCCCAUCGAAAUCACGGAAAUCACCUCCGAUCUCCCCUCUCACCACCGCCUAUCUCUCUACUCCUCUGGUCAAAUCUGCUUCAUCACUCCCCGUAUCCUCAUCGUCGACCUCCUCUCCAAUAAAAUCCCUACCUCAUCUCUCGCCGGAUUAAUCCUCCUCAACGCUCACUCCCUCUCCGAAACCUCCACUGAAGCAUUCAUAGUUAGAAUUUUAAAAUACUCUACUCAGAGUAGAAAUCAGAAUAACAGUAAUGUGUUUUAUAUUCGUGCUUUCAGUGAUAGGCCACAGGCAAUGGUGUCUGGUUUUUGUAAGACGGAGAGGUUAAUGAAAUGCUUGUUCAUAAAAAAAUUGCAUCUUUGGCCGAGGUUUCAGGUUUAUGUGUCGCAGGAAUUGGAGAAGGAUCCGCCGGAGGUUGUGGAUGUGAGGGUUCCGAUGAGUAAGUACAUGGUGGGGAUACAAAAGGCAAUUGUGGAAGUUAUGGAUGCUUGUUUGAAAGAAAUGAGGAAGAGUAAUAAGGUUGAUGUAGAAGAUUUGACUGUUGAGAAUGGGCUGUUUAAGUCUUUUGAUGAGAUUGUCAGGAGACAGUUGGAUCCUAUUUGGCAUACUUUGGGGAAGAAGACCAAACAGCUAGUUUCAGAUUUGAAGACUUUGAGGAAAUUGCUGGAUUAUCUUGUUAGGUACGAUGCAGUAAGCUUUUUGAAGUACUUGGAUACACUUAGGGUGUCAGAGAGUUUUUGGUCCGUUUGGAUAUUUGCCGAGUCCAGCUAUAAGAUAUUUGAUUAUGCAAAGAAGCGUGUGUUCCGUUUGGCAAGAUCAAAAGAUGUGAAAUUAAAUGAGCAGAGUAAGACCAAAGCAGGCAGAAAGAGAAAAUCAAAGAGUGACCACAGUAAUGAGGGAGAAGCUGAUGGUACUUCACCCUUGACUACUAGUAGUGGAGUUGUGUUGGAGGAAGUUCUGGAGGAGGCACCAAAGUGGAAGGUGUUAUGUGAGAUUCUCGAAGAGAUAGAGAAAGAAAGACAAAAGCAGGCCUUAUCUGGAGAAGAAGAUGAGGUUGAAAGUGAAGGUGUUGAUAAUGGCAUUGUUCUGGUGGCAUGCAAAGAUGAACGCUCUUGCAUGCAGCUUGAAGAUUGCAUCAGGCACGGCCCUCAAAAGGUGUUGCAAGAAGAAUGGAAGAAGUACUUGUUGAGCAAAGUAGAGUUACGUGGCUUGCGAACACCUGAAAAAAAGAAAGCAAAACUAAAGCCAAAGCAGCCGAAAGGAUUUGGAAUUCUUGACGGAGUUGUUCCUGUAAAAACUGUGCAAAGUGCAGAAGCUAGCAGCACAAACAAGCAGGAACAUGAUGCUUUCUUGGCUGCAGCAUCAAAAAUAAGAAAUCCGAAUAAAAGGGAGCAGGUUGCUGAAGAUGAACCACAGCCUCUUGCUGGAAGCCGCAGUAAAGGUGCAAGAGUAGAGGGAAAAGGACGAAAGAAAAGAGGCCAAGCAAAUGGUAAGAAUUCUGGAAGCAAAGAUAAUGACAGCAAUAUUGAUGUGGUGAUAAAAGAUUUGCCAGAAAUAUCUGGUUCAAAAAAUGAAAGCCAAACAGUUGAAAAUAAUCAAGCUGCCAUAGAUGGUUAUUGUGAAGCCUAUUUCGAGCAUGCAUCUGUUGUCAAAAGGGUUUGUCAGAGACAUGCUCAAGAGCCAGACCUUACAGGAUCCAAAAAUGCAAAGCCAAUACCACCGAUGCACUUUUAUGCUCUAGAAAGUGAUCAGCCUAUACUCGACAUAUUAAAGCCCUCUGUGAUUAUUGUUUAUCAUCCAGACAUGAUGUUUGUCCGAGAAAUUGAAGUCUACAAAGCUGAAAAUCCCUCAAAAAAGUUGAAAGUGUAUUUUCUUUUCUAUGAGGAUUCUACAGAGGUCCAAAAGUUUGAGGCAAGUAUUCGCAGGGAGAAUGGAGCAUUUGAAUCUUUGAUCAGGCAAAAAUCACUGAUGAUGAUUCCAGUUGAUCAGAAUGAACAAUGCCUAGGAUUGAAUGGUUCCAUAGAUCCACUAGCUUCAAGUUCCCAAAACUCAACCAGAAAGGCUGGUGGAAGAAAGGAAAUUGAGAAAGAAAUGCAGGUCAUUGUAGACAUGAGGGAGUUCAUGAGUAGCCUCCCAAAUGUUCUCCACCAGAAAGGAAUGCGCAUAAUACCAGUUACCUUGGAAGUUGGGGAUUAUAUUCUCUCACCAUUAAUAUGUGUAGAGAGAAAGAGUAUCCAAGAUCUUUUUAUGAGCUUUACAUCAGGCCGCCUUUUCAACCAAGUGGAAACAAUGGUGCGCUAUUAUCGAAUACCUGUUCUUUUGAUUGAGUUUUCACAAGACAAAAGCUUUUCAUUUCAGUCUGCAAGUGAUAUUGGUGAUGAUGUCACACCAAAUAGUAUUAUAUCCAAGCUGUCAUUGCUUGCUCUACAUUUUCCCCGCCUGAGAAUCAUCUGGUCACGCAGUUUACAUGCUACUGCUGAAAUAUUUGCUUUGCUGAAGGCAAAUCAGGAUGAACCCGAUGAGGUGAAGGCAAUUAGAGUUGGAGUCCCUUCAGAGGAUGGUAUUGUGGAAAAUGAUGUUAGAGCGGAGAACUACAAUACAUCUGCUGUGGAGUUUCUGAGACGACUCCCGGGGGUCACAGAUUCGAACUACAGGGCAAUAAUGGAUGGAUGUAAAAGCUUAGCAGAACUUGCCCUUCUACCAGUAGAGAAGCUAGCUGAACUAAUGGGUGGUCAGAAGGCUGCUAGGACUCUCCGAGACUUCCUUCACGCUAAGUACCCAACAUUGUUGUAA